AUGAGGGAAAAAACAAUGUAAUCAAUUUUAUAAUAAGUCUGUAACGUAACAAAAUGUGGAAAAAGUGAAGGGGUCUCAUUACUUUCCGAAUGCACUGUAAGCUGGGGAGUUUCCUCUUGAUUGCAUAAAUUCUUUGUUUAACAGCGUUAUCUGACUUUGGCAAUUGUUUUCACCAUGUCAAUUGCAGGCGGUAAUAUCAGUCUCUGUAAUAGUGUAUGGUUUCGUAGCGUAGCGGACCUAGACAUUCACCAUGGGAAUGGCUAAGUGCCUUGGUCAAGUGCGACCUUUUUUCCAUGAUCUGUGGGUGCACUCUAGCUGAAUUUUAGAUUUUAGAUUUGAAUCAUUUUAAUAAACAUUUUUAAGGUUAACCACAUUACAAUGAUUUUGAGAUAUAAGGACAAUAUUAUAAUAUAUGUAUUUUUCUAAAGAUUUUUAAAAUUCGCCUAUGACCCCAUUUUCAUAUCAGGCGACCCCUAGAGUGGAUAGCCUGUCAAAUUAACUUGUAAUUCAUAUCUGACAAUAUUCUAGAACUUGAAAACGUCCCUUUUGAUCACUUUACGAUAUUGAAAGAGGGACAUAGGCUUUCCAAUGGGGGAUAUCAGUUUCACUAGUAAAUUGAGUGCACCAUCCUACUGGACACAUACGUCAAUUCAACAUCUAUUCCACGUUGGUUCAAUGUCAAAUUACGUGGAAACAAUGUUGACUCAACCAGUUUGUGACCUGUGGGAUUUCACUGCAUUCUCGUUUCAAAUGUCAAUUUCCCGCCAUUCCAGUGUCUGGUCUGAGGUGCCUAAUUUCAGAUAGAACUAUUGAAACCGCUAAGAGAUCAGACCAGAUCUGAGAGACCACCCAAACCACAGUAAAUGUGUUAUUGAUGGUCCUCGCCCCCUUAAAUAAAGGAAAUCACCCUGCUCUAUGAUCUUGCAUGAUUGCUUUUUUACUCACAUUGCACAGAUAUUCGGAUCUAAUUAUACAAUUAUUUCAAAAAAAUCGUCAUACAUUGGCCCUAUCUUUAUUUAAAAAUAUAAAGUUAGGCAGAACACAUCUUUAAAAAUAUAUAUAUCUAGAUCUUCAUAUUCUUCAUAUUCGUGACGUUUGUUGCAAUCAAAGAAUCUUGAAAGUGAAAAAUGAGCUAAAUCUAUCACCAGCCACACGUGUAGCCUAUAGAGGAGUUCCAGAUAAGAGACACGCACGGCUCUCCACCAAUCGUACAAGGAGAAAAUGUUCCACCAAUCGGACAAGGAGAAAACGGAGCGCGCUGGGACGUUAACCACCCAGAGCUCGCGCUAGAAACAUUCUGGGUUGAACCUGGGGUGCGGGAAUGGAAUAGAGAGGGAGUCCGUCUACUUUUAUCUUUCAGUAGUCGUGUGAUCGUGAUAGUGAGCAAGAGAGAGGAGAUCAUACAGGAAACCCUGCAACGAUUUUGCUUUCAUGUUUUGGAAAGUCCAUAUGCCUACAUUAUAAAGGUGAAUGCUGCAGCACAGCCCCCUCUGAAGGGAAUGAGAAGCCUUGUGAUUAUUUGUUGACGCAGCACCAGCAGGACACUCCCCUGUCUCCCUCAACGUGAAUAACAAGAUGGGGAAUGGAUUAUCAGACCAGAUCUUCCCCAGCCUUCCUUCCUUCCAGGCCCUCCAUAUUGUCAUCCUGGGUCUGGACUGCGCCGGGAAGACCACUGUCCUCUACCGCCUUCGCUUCAAUGAGUUUGUGAACACGGUCCCCACUAAGGGAUUCAACACGGAGAAGAUCAAAGUGUCCCUGAGCGCGGGCGGAAAGUCCUGGCGGAAAGCGGCGUUCCACUUCUGGGACGUGGGCGGUCAGGAGAAGCUCCGCCCCCUGUGGCGCUCGUACACGCGGUGUGCUGACGGAAUUGUGUUCGUGGUGGAUUCCGUCGACAUCGAGCGCCUAGAGGAAGCCAAGACGGAGCUCCAUAAGAUCACGAGGUUAGCGGAGAACCAGGGGGUGCCGGUUCUAGUGGUGGCCAACAAGCAGGACCUGAGGAACUCUCUGCCGCUUCACGAGAUGGAGCGCUCUCUGGCGCUAGGGGAGCUGGGCAAUGGAACGCCCUGGCACCUGCAGCCCGCCUGCGCUAUCAUAGGGGAGGGGCUACAGGAAGGUCUGGAGAAGCUCCACGCCAUGAUCAACAAACGGAAGAAGACACAGAAAGCUCAACAGAAGAAGAGAUGAUCUGAAUAGUCGCGCACAAACACACAACUGCCAUCUUGUUGGAGCUACACAAGGACUUAAGCUAACAAUGGUGGUGGAUGGGGACUCACCUGUUGUGGUGUUAACCAUGAGCAGGACACGUGGUGUUGACUGUAGCAUGAUGUACUACAGUACCCACAAUACUCAGUGUCUCGUGGAGCCAUCAGUGAUGGGUCCGCUGCUUGCCUGCCUGUCUGGUGGCUGAGUUGUAUUAGUCAUAUGGAAUGGGACUAAGUCUGUUCAGGGCUGUUGUCACUGUCCUCACUGGAACUGAUGGAAUACAUUUUCAUGGACUUUGGAUGGCAACUAUCCUGGCUGGCACAGCAUCACAGGACAGUGGACACUAAUGUAUGUUUAAAGGAAGUGUUAUUCUAUACCAUGAGGCACACAGGGGUUCUCAGAGACCAAACAAUCAAAACACUGUUGAAGUGUCAGAAGUCAAAUGUAUUGUGUUCUGUCUACACUCUUAAGUGUUACAAAUGUAUGUAGCCUGCUUUUCAAUCAGUUUGAAGCAUGAAAACACAUUGAAAUGAUCGGUUUACCAAAGCCUGUGUUGACAAUGAGAUUACAUGUGGAAAACACAAAGGACAAUCAAGUUGCAGUCAGUCACUUGUUAGUGUGACCUCAAAGUUAGUCUUCCAAUCAGUCAGUAUUCUGUCUCCAUGUUGCUCAAUGGAAGUCGAGAGGGUCUAGAUAGACGAGUUUAGCAUAAGCUUGAUGAUUCACUGAGAAGAGAAUACAGAGAUGGAUGUUUUUAAACGAUAUGUAACAACCUUAUUGUUUCAUCAGUGAUAAAUGAUAAGAAUCUACAGCAGUUGGGCUAUUUAAUGUGACUAUCAUUUGGGUUAGGUGGGAGGUAGGGGUAAAAAAACAGCUGUCAGGCAGUGCGGUUGUCUUGUGUAAUUCUGUUGAUUUGACAUGCUGGUUGGCUCAGCAUACCCUGAAUAUUCUUUCCUGGCUUGGCUAGCUGUCUGAUCUGGACCCUGUACUCCAGGUGUCCGGCAUCUGUCAGAUCCAGUCCUAGUACCAGCCUAAGACUGGGUGCAAGGACCUAAGUAGAAUGAGGGUAUCUGGAACGCACCCAAAAUUUUAGAUGGCGAAGUAGGGCUGGAUCUGUAGAUUUAGCCCUUCUUGGCUAUCUACCUAAAACUUUGGGUGCGUUCCAGAUACUCAUUCUACUUCGGUCCUUGCAGUUAAUAGGAUUGUUAUAUCAUGUUGAUGUGGUUCCUAAGACAUGAAAUAGUUCCGCAGAUGUAAAGAUCUGAUCAGAUCUCAGACUUGUGCAGAGUUUGUGUACCUGGAACGCACCCAUGGACUUCCAUGUUGAUAGAGGCACUUUAUUGGUCUGUUUUCUGACCUUAGAACUUGCAUCAGAUUUUUGUAUGAGGUUUAUUAUGAUACUUAAAGAAGUGAAAUGUUGAUAUUGCUUCGAAGGAAGCGUUACAAAAAAUAUAUUGUUAUGCUGUUAUCACAUUGGAAUGUCAGUUGUCCCCCUGUUUACUGUGUGUGAGGGGUGCUCAUAUUUAUGUAUUUGUUUGUAUAAAUGUGUUCACCUUGAAUAAAGCAACAAUUAAACACUAACUUGA